AUGGAGCGUCAAUUAGAAGAUGUCAUAGGAAAGAAUUAAAGAGAAGGCGAUGGUAAGGAGCUAAAAGUGAGAACUGGCAAGCAGAGCUAACGGCAACAAAUUGGAAUGACAACGACUUGGAGGAUGACUGUUUUGAGUGGCUAACAACCUGCAGAUCACUGCCGUCUAGUACCACCGCGGGCGCACAGGAGUUGUACCAGCAGCUCCUUCCAACGAAAGUUUAUCAGCAAAGAAGAACGGGGUUGAAUCCAUCAUCUGAUGUCGCAGAAUUUGUAGCAAAUCCCAAGAUUCCACGUCGCACGUGCUAG